UUGUUAAGUAUGGUAACAUUGGCUGUCAUUUGGUAUUGUAAACAGAGAAAAAUAUGAUUUUGUUUAAAAAUAAGAUAUAAUUGAACUAGAAAAUAAAGUAUGCUCCAAGUUUUAUUAAGGAGGACAUCAGGCAAUUUGUCUUCCUUAAGCUGCACGUACCCCAAGCAUUUUAAAUAUUAUACAACCGGAGUAAAAAAGCUAUUAGAAACAAGUGACGUUGAAAGCAAUAACAAGAGCACAACUCAAUAUGGAACGGAAUUGUAUCCGAAUAGCAAAACUACUAAUGAACAGAUAGCAAAACAAUUAGAGGUAACCCGUCUCGUGUGGCAUCCUAGUCCCAGUAUGAAAAAAGAUGAAGUGCUCGGCCAUUAUAAAAAGUUAUCUAAGUUUAGACUAACCUCGCUUGUAGUCAUAACUACAAUGGCUGGUUAUGCGAUGGCUCCCGCGCCAUUUGAAAUAAGUACGUUUGUUAUGUGCUCUCUUGGCACUGGACUUGUAUCGGCCGCUGCGAAUGCUAUAAACCAAUAUCAUGAGGUGCCCUUUGACUCUCAGAUGUCACGUACGAAAAACAGAGUACUAGUCACCGGAAAAUUAACUCCGCUUCAUUCAAUCGGUUUUGCCGUUACGUCCGCUGCAUGCGGUAUUGGUUUAUUGCAUUUUGGUGUAAAUGAUUUAGCAGCAUUAUUAAGCGCAGCAAAUUUAUUUCUUUACACAUCGAUCUACACUCCUAUGAAACGGAUGACGAUUUUAAACACUUGGGUAGGCUCUGUGGUUGGUGCAAUUCCACCUUUAAUUGGUUGGGCUGGUUGUAGUGGAAGUUUGGACAUUGGUGCUUAUAUACUAAGUGGGCUUUUAUAUGCCUGGCAAUUUCCACAUUUCAACGCAUUAUCUUGGAAUCUACGACCGGAUUAUUCUCGAGCAGGAUAUCGGAUGAUGGCAGUAACUAAUCCAGAUUUGUGUCGACGAACUGCAUUAAGAUACACUUUUGCCAUUGGCCUGUUAUCCUUCUUGGCGCCCGUAUUCGAUAUUACAAAUAUUUGGUUCGCCUUGGGAUCAUUACCUCUAAACGGCUAUUUUUGCUAUUUGGCCUAUAAAUUCUAUCAACACUCCGAUAGCGGAUCGUCUCGGAAACUGUUCAGAUAUUCUUUAAUACAUUUACCUCUUCUGAUGGCUAUGUUUUUGUUAUGCAAAACGCAUUGGAUAUUUAUGGAAAAUGCUAACAAGGAAGAAACGUCUACGAAUUAUACCCAAAGUAAAAGCGACAAAAUUGCAAAUAACUUAAACAAUUUAACAUCGACUCUGCUAAUUACUUCAAGAGAUGACACAAAUAAGCUCCUACCGCUAAUUCCGUCAACCAAAGCAAAUUAAAGCAUAUGUACAUUACCUCUUAAUUUAUAUU